ACGAUGCAAACAAAAGAGGAUAAUGCCGAAUCUCAAAUGUAAUUGAAUAAUAUUGAACUUAUCCUCAUUCCUCCUUUCAGUCUCAUUGUACGCCAUCAACCACUCCAUCCGCAUUACAUUCUCCCAUAUAACUCCUCCGUUUUCCCCAUUAAAUAUUAUCCAUGCACCCCCCCAACUUUAGGUAUAAACAAUAUUUAUCUUCUUCCCCCCAUAAAAGCCUUUGUCGAUCCAAGUGACUUUUGGGUAUGCAUUUGACAGGCUAUGGAGUGAAGUCCUUUGAUUCUAAGAAAACCUCUCUCCCAUUUUCCUCACACGCAUGGUGGAUUGCAGGCAAAGGUGCAAGUGCAGAUCAAGUCCUAGAAGAAAACUCUUCAGACAUGGAUGCCCCUUCCCUUGUCAAACCACCAUACAACCAUGGGAUCAUGGAUGACCAUGAAGAAGAUGAUGAUUUUCUCUCUGAUUCUUUCUCUUCGGAUGCCUCGGAGGGUUCCGCUCUCUCCUUGUCGUCGUCGUCGUCGUCCUCGGAUCUCACGGAGGAUGCAACCUCUUCAUCGUCUUCGCUGCAGGAGUCUUCCUCGUCUUCGGAUCCUCUCACCGAUGAGCCUCUGUACGAUAUGUCGGAUCUCAUGGCGCAGCUGCCCUUCAAGAGCGGGCUCUCAAAACACUUUGUAGGAAAAUCACAGUCAUUUAUAUCUCUCUCAAAUGUGAGAUGCCUUGAAGAUCUUGCCAAGCCUGAGAACCCUUACAGGAAGAAGUUGAAAUCCUGCAAAAGUUAUGGUGGUGGAUUAGACUGCCAUAAAUCAUACUCUUCAAAGAUAUGCACCAAGACCAUCACAAAGAAGACUUCAAGAGGCUCAUGUGGUUCUCUCACGACUAGAAGGAACAGCUUCUUGGCCACAAGGCCAUCCAUUCCUCCUCAAAAUCACCUGUAAAACCCCACCCCACAACCCCCUACAGCAAUAAGAAGACACCUUCAAGGGUCAUGGGUGUAAGUGAAAAGUGGUAGUGGGGAUUGAUCUUCUUGUAUUAAUCCCUUUUGCAUAUUGGAACAUGUAUAGAAUCACAAGAUAAGUUAUAGAUUUUGCCUCCAUUUAUCUAUCUCCUCUCUUAGGUUUCUUCAUAUUUAAGGGAAGGAUCAGGAUCAUAAAGCAUUACUUAGGUAUUUCUGUAAAUAUACACAUGAUAGUACACUCUUUAUUAGAAUAUUGGCUUAAAGUUCCAUAAUCCCUAUCUUACCUUUAUUUGAUGUGCUUCUCUGCCUUCAAUAAAAAAGAAUAUGCUUCUAUGUCAA